AUGUCGAAGACACAUCUUAACAUCGUUGUGAUCGGCAGCGCCGGGUCCGGCAAGUCGAUGACGAUUGGUUAUCUCAUCUCCACAGAAGGGCAAUACGAAGGGUUGGCCCAGCUGAUCCAGGAGCACGUCGCUUCCGCGCCAUACACACCCGCUAAGGACUAUGCGAAGGCCAUUAAUGAAUAUGCGAGCAGAGAAAACGGGGACCCCGAUGCAAUCCCGUCAUGGAACAUGGAAACACCGAAAUAUACAAUUACGCUUUAUGAAAUCCCCGAUCUGGAUUCCUUCCAUCACAACGUUUCAACUGGCAUCAUCCCCGCCGACUGCGCCCUCCUGGUGAUUUCCGCUUCUUCUGGGGAGACCAUUGGAGAAAGCGAGAAUGAUCAGACCAUCCAGUUUGCUGAACGCGCCCACGAGUUAGGCAUUCCCCAGAUCGCGGUCGCGGUUACCAAACUGGACACCGUGCGCUGGGAUGGGGGGCGUUUCAACGAAAUAUUCAAGGCAACGGUGCAUGAGCUGAAACACAAAGCCAAAUAUAACCCCAGGGUUGUAGCGGGUUUUCCUAUUGCCGCUGCUCACGGGGACAACAUGUUGGUAGAGUCCCCGAAUCUGCCGUGGUACAAGGGUUGGACAAAGCAGGUAGGCGAUAGUGUCAUUAAGGGUAAAACCCUCCUAGAUGCGAUCGAUGGUUUCGAGCCUCCUGUUCGUCGCAGGAACUGA